AUGCAGAAUUCCACAACAGCGGUGGACGUGCCGCAGCCAGUCCUAGACUGGCUCUUUAAAGUGUUACAGCCUGAAUAUUAUGACCCUCGAACUACAUUCCACGAUGUGGUGAUCGCAUUAAGGGCAUAUAAGAAACUACGUCCAAGGACAAGGGUGUUCACGGAUGAAGCAGGGCGGUCGAAAUUGUUGUUAUGCCUCUAUGGCAAGGUGGGAAAUGUGGAUGUUCUUAUAUGGAUACCAUUUGAGUAUCCAAAUGUUGCACCACACGCGUACAUUGAUCUCGAGGCCAAUAAAGGAAGGUCUAUAAUAGUUAAUCAGCGUUUGGAUGGGGAUGGAUUGUUUUAUCUUCCUAUACUAGGCCACUGGCACCCUCAAAAUUGCAAUGUAGUGAAGUUGGUACAAGAUCUGGAACAGGCAAUUAUGGCGCAAGAACCUUUAAGACCUGCGGCAGGGGCUGUAAAAAACACUGAAACUCAGAAUAUGAGGGCCGACAUGACGGUCUCGUCACUACCGGCUCUUCCUCCUAGGCCAUCUAUGGAGAAUAAUGAAACGCAAAAGACGGACCUUGCGACAACACCCCAUGGCCCGAAAAAACCAUCGCUGCCACCAAAACCUCCCAAAGUUCCAAGUGUUGCAGAUGCAGAAGAGAGGCGUGAUGAUUCAGUUAGAGAGUUGGAUAGUGCAUUGAGUCAUCUAAGGCUACAGAACGAAGCUCCGCAUUCAAACGAACACGCCAAACCGCAUGCGAGUCUACCACCGUCAAAUCUAUCGGCUGCUCCAGUUCAAAACCAGCCCAAUUGGCUGGAUUCUGACUUCACGCAGUGCGAUGAGCCGACUCACCGUGAUUCGCUAGCGGUCUUACAAGAUACUCUGAACAAACUUGCUGAACGGACAAACGCUCGGUAUCAUACUGAAUGGAAUGCGAAAGAAAAGUCCAUUGACGAGGCGAUCGAGAGCUUCCGCCAUAUUUACUCCUACGAGGCUGAUAAUAUAAGGCAUAUGGAAGACGCAAUUGUGGAAAACUCUGAAAUACUGCAGACCGAGAUUGAUAAGCUUAAUGGUGAACUUCUAAAGGCACAAAAGUUCGAGGAAAAGUACCCUGAUGGGUUGCCUGAUAUGAAUUCUUGUGUUACCGCCGAAAGCAUCGCGUUGAAUCAAUUAUACAUGCUAGUAGCCAGAGAUUACGCAUUAUCUGAUACAAUACAGAUACUCUCCGUCAUGCUGAACCAGGGUCUGAUAAGUGUAGAUCCCUUUAUUAAAAAAACCCGGUCGUUGGCAGCUGAACAAUUUCUCACGAGAUACCACAUGGAUAAAAUACUACAGUUACUAGACAACUGA